AUGGCAACUCUCGAUACCCUCAAAAAGGCCCUCGUGAAGAAGGCAGCCGUGACCACCACGGCAAAGCAGUCAUUGUCCGACGAUCAAUACAGUGCCGGUUUUGACUUUUUCUUGAAGGAUACGGCAUGGAAGACUUAUCAGGACUUCAUCAUACCUCAGCUAUCGCAGCUUUUGAGUCCGCUCUUCCAAUCCCGCCUUCGCAUAUCUGUGCUGGAAAUUGGACCUGGCCCAAAGAGCGUGCUUGGACACUUGCCCGACGACCAAAGACAAAAGAUCACAAAAUACGAUGCUUUUGAGCCGAAUAAGCUGUUUGCUUCUAGAUUGGAAGAAUGGCUUCGAUUCAAACCCUUCCCAAAUCUGGAACACGCCGCCAGCCUCGACCGUUCUGCUUUCACUUCGCGUGUCGAUGUGUACAAGACUCCCGGUUCCCAGGAGCAAAGAUUCGAUGUCAUCCUCUUCUGCCACAGCAUGUACGGCAUGAAGCGGAAACAUGAGUUCAUCAACAAAGCCGUGAACAUGCUUCCUGACCGGCCGGGAGGUGGGAUGGUUGUGGUGUUUCAUCGUGACAGCCUUCAAAUCGAAAAUAUGGCCGCUGAUCGAACCUUGACCUUCCCCACAGGUGUGGUAAGCGUGCCAGACACCGACGAUGAUCUCGACUCUUUUGCACAAUUCAUCGCUGCGUCAGCUUCACAUGAUGAUUCCCUUCGAGCUUCCUGGCGAGAAGUUUGUCGUGGGCUGGGAGUUCGCGACACUGUACACUCAGGAAGGAUAUCUUUCAGCACACCUGAAAUCAUGACCGUCUUCACUCGAGAUCUGGGCUAUAGCGGGUACUUGACGCUAGUGCAGGAGAUGAGGGCAGUGAAGAACAGACAGGCUGGCCGACGCCAUCCCAGGGGAAUUAAACAGCCUAAGAAUAUCGAAUCUAUUCAACAAUGCGUGAAUUGGGCACUCAAGAAGAGGACGGGUUUGACUGUUUUGGGUGGCGGUCAUAGCGGUCAUUGUCUCUGGUAUGGCAUCACGGCGAUUGAUAUGGGGAUCCUGAAGAAUGUGUAUGUGGUCACAGCUGGGAAUACCAUGUCAAGUUCCCUGAUCGUCGCUGAGUCGGGUUGCAGCACUGGAGAUAUCAUCCGGAGAUGUGUUGCAGACGGUCUCACGGUACCUCUUGGGGCGCGACCCAGCGUGGGGGCAGGGCUUUGGCUACAAGGCGGUAUCGGCCAUCUGUCUCGGCUCUAUGGACUGGCGUGUGAUGCAAUUGUCGGUGCGGUAGUGGUCAGUGUCGAUUCCGGGAAGGUUCUCAGCGUUGGUCAUGUUCCCGAUCAGCAUCGACCUACCCAUGCAGUGCAGGUGGAUGGCAAAGAUUUGCUAUGGGCUAUCAAAGGUGCUGGGACCAACUUUGGCAUUGUCGCCAGUGUCACUUUCAAGGCCUGUCCAGCUCCAACAUAUACUGUGCGGAGCUGGGUCCUUUCAUUCAACGACUUGGUUUCAGCCAGGGCCAAGCUGAGGGAGUUUGACAACCUCUUUGCCAGAACCCUGCCUAGGAGCUGCUCAGCGGACGCCUAUCUUUUUUGGAAUCAAGACCGGUUGCAUCUUGGCGUAACAAUGUUCGAGACCUCCACUGCCACUAGUUGCGUCCCAUUGAUCGCUUUGACGAGGGCUUACACGAUUUUCGGACCGGAGAGAGGCAUUCAGACUGUGGACAGCAUGGGUGUGUUCGAUACUGAGAUGUACAUGUCGGAGAUGCACGGUGGUCAUGGGGGUGGCAAGACGUCCUCUUUCAAGCGAUGUUUGUUCUUGAAGAAUAUUGGAGAGGAUACUAUCACCACCAUCUUGUUGAAGGCCAUUGAAAGCCGGCCUACGCCACUAUGCUAUCUUCAUCUCCUCCAAGGUGGUGGUGCCAUCAACGACGUGCCAGCAGACGCCACCGCGUUUGGGUGCAGAGAUUGGGAUUUUGCAUGUGUGAUCACUGGUGUUUGGCCUCGUGAUCAAGAUGGGAGUAAGCAGGCUACAGCUGCUGUGUGCUGGGUGUAUGAAGUUGCUGAGAGAUUGCUGCCUCUCAGUACUGGCGCCUAUAGUACCGAUCUUGGGCCAGACCCCCGCGAUGCAGCUCUGGCAGCCAAAGCCUUUGGGCCAAACCUUCAGCGACUUGCUCGUCUCAAACAGCGAUGGGACCCCAACAACGUAUUAGCCUAUUCCUACCCACUCCCGGCACCGCCUAAAGAUCCGAAACUCAUCGUCCUCGUCACCGGUGAAAGCGGCGCUGGUAAGGACUUUUGUGCUGGAGUCUGGGUCUCUCUCUUCACCAAGAACAGCAUCACGUCGAGUGUCUCAAGCAUAAGCGAAGCGACUAAACGCGCAUAUGCCACAGCCAGUGGUGCUGACUUGAACCGCCUCCUUGAAGAUCGUGACUACAAGGAGCAGCACCGAACGGCAUUGACGACGUUCUUCCAAAACCAAGUUAACGAACGGCCUCAACUCCCACGGGAACAUUUCCUUGAGGUGGUGCAUGGUGCAGAUUCCGAUGUAUUGUUCAUCACGGGCAUGAGAGACAAGACGCCUGUAGUGGCAUUCUCCCACUUGGUGCCUGGUAGCAAGCUUUUGGAGGUCAGAAUCGAGGCCAGUGAGAAGAUUCGACGGGUCCGCCGGGGAUUGGAGACGAGCGGUGACACUGAUGAGAGAGCUGAGAAGCACACGCCCAGCAUCACGAUCUCUAACAAUGCAGAAGGGAAGUCUGCUGCGAUAGCCGCUUUUAGUAGGCACUUGCUGCCCCUCAUGCUUCCAUCCCUCCAACGUCUGAGAGACAUAGUCCGCCAGAUCACUGACUUUCCAAAGACUGACAUCAACUUUCGUCAUAUCCUUGGAGUCUCCCAGACCCGUGGUGGAUUAUCGCUCUGCACAUCUCUUCUACAGACACAUUUCACUGGUGGUUGGUCGCAAAUCUCGUCGAUUGUGUGCGUUGAGACUGGUGGUUUCAUCUUUGCUUCUGCACUGGCGUUGAAAGUGGAUGUCCCGCUCGCUCUGGUGCGUGAGAGGGGCAAGCUGCCACCGCCAGUUGUUUCCAUGGCCAAGGACGUGUCGCAUAUCUCAGGUAUAGCUGGAAAUAAGGAGCCUAAUGAGGUCAUGAUUGAAAUGGAGGUCGGUGUCAUCCCCAAGGGCGGAAAGGUGGUAGUGGUGGACGAUGUGCUCGCUACUGGAAAGACACUUUGUGCGGUACUCAAAUUAUUGAUCAAAGCUGGGGUGGAGAUGAAGAAUAUUUCUGUGAUGGUUGUGGCCGAGCUUCCGUUUCACAAGGGCAGAGAGUUGUUGUACAAUGAAGGUUUUGGCAGCGUCAGCAUUCAGAGUCUACUGGUUUUUGGGGGUGCUUAG